AUGGCCCUCCCACUCAGCGGCGCCUUGGGCUCCGUGGCCCACGGUGCCCGCGGCUGGCUCACGGGCCUCGCAGCACGCUACCGCGCCCUCACGCCGCGGCGACGGCUGUACCUGCACCUCCUCAUCGUCUUCGAGGCCCUCGUCUUCGCCGCCUUCAUCUACAUCGGUCCGGACACCAUCUUCAACAAGACGGCCUCCAUCGCCCUCUGGAUCUCGAACCGGCCCUACGGCCUGCCCCUCGUCCUCUCCCUCGUCGUGCUCCUCUCGUUCCCGCCCCUGUUCGGCUACGGCACCGCCAUCACCCUCUGCGGACUCGGAUGGGGCGUCGCCGCGCCCGAGUCCCCAACCCACCCCGCCAUGCACGGCAGCCUGCUGCGCGGAUGGGCAGUCGCAACCGCCGGCUGCCUCCUCGGCGCCUCCGUCAGCUUUGUCGUGCUCCGCUGCCUCAUCCGCCGAAACGCCCACGUCGCCUUCAUCGAACGCGUCCUCGACGAUCCAAAGUUCAGGGCCAUGAAGGAGGCCGUCCGCCGCAGGGGCACCAGCAUGGCCAUCCUCAUCCGCUUCUGCCCCUUUCCCUUUUGCUACUCGAACCUCUUCUUUGCCUCGCUGGACACGGUGAGCUUCGGCCAAUUCAUGCUCGCCACGGCCCUCAUCACGCCCAAGCUACUGCUCCACGUCUUUAUCGGCGCGCGCAUGUUUGAGCUCAUGGACACCGACGAGCGCGCCAAGCUCGACGGGUGGCACAAGGUGCUCAACGUCGUCUACAUCGUCAUUGGCACCGUCAUCGGCGCUCUGACCGGUUGGCUGGUAUGGAAGGAGACGCAAAAGAUCCUCGACCAGAUGGCGCGAUCCGAGGCGGGAACCGAGGGCGGGCGCGGGCGCGGGCGCGGCCGCGACUUUGUCGUCGAAUUCGACCUCGACGGGCCCCACGACGACGACGACGACGACGAGCGCGAGUACGUCGUCGACAGCGAGACACCGCCCAUCCAGGACGGCGACGACCAACGGCCCCUCCUCGCGUCGCCGUCGCCAUCACCAUCGCCGUCGGGACACCCAAGAGGUCGCGGGGGGAGUCCACUCGCCGAUGUCAAGGGCGAUGGCGGUGCCGAUGGUGAUGGCGACGGCGAUGGCGUGCAGGGGCAAAAGAGGACGAUGCAGCCGUUUAAGCUGAUCGACGAUGAUACCGACGACGACGACGACGACGACGACGGUGGCGGUGGUGCAUCGCCACGUCGUAGCCCAGGGCGGAAUCGAAGAUGA